GACCUUACCAUGUGGUUCAGUCUCCGCUUGAGCUGGUAGUGUAGCCUCUGUUUUCUCCUCUAGAAUAGAUGCCGCCAAAACGUGGAAGAGGAGCAAGGGCUGCUGCACAGUCAAGAGGGAGGGCCGCGAGGUCAGAGGCCUCUAAUGAGAGUGUCCAUGUUGAGAAUCCGGAAGUUGUGGCUCCGGCGGGACAACCACAAGUGAAUGGCCCUGCGGCUAAUGAAAUGGCUAUGUUUGAGGAAUUCCGUAGGUUCCAGCAAUUCAUGCGGAGGGCUCCUUCUAUGAGAGAAGCACCAGAGGUGAAUGCUCCACAUCGGGACGGACCUGAAAUGGUAGCACCACCUCAACACCAGCCACCGCCACCGCCACCGCCAUAUCCUAUGCAGACUCAUCCUAUGCAUGUCCAUGGGCUAGGAACGACGUACUUGGAUGCUAUCAGAUAUCUCAAGGACGUGAGUAUGAAGUUCUUUGAUGGUAAAUCUGAUCCCGUUUCUGCUUAUAACUGGAGAAAAAAAUUGGAAAGGAAUCUUGACAGUGUUCGGUGUCCGCAAGAGUACCGUAAGGAGUUAGGUAUGGUGGGAUAAGGUUGUAUCUCAGGUAAUGAUGCGGAGUAGUGACCGGAGUUGUCAGUUGGUGUUGGUUUUCGGAGUUUGCAUUUAUUAUUUUAUUUUAUUGCAUAAUCUGGAACAUAAUUUCAUUUUAUGGAUUGAAGGACGUUUAAUUUGAAUUAAUGGAGAACGUUGAU